UUAAUUAUUUUGUUGAUAAAACAGACAAAUAGUGAAACAAAUAUUGAAUGCAAUGAAUGUUGAGAUUUGUUUGUGAUUCAAGUGUUUGGGAAGUAUUGGAAGUGAUCGACAAGUGAUGAGUGAUUGGCGUAAAGCAGUCCGAACUCCCAUAUCAUAUACGGUGACCAACAAUACAUUACGAUUGCAGUCACAGUUUGUAACCGUCGUAUCGGUGGCCGGUGUUGUUGUCCUCUUCAUAUUGUACUCAUUGGUGCCCAAGAGUCGGGUCACUUAUAGUGACACCCGUCAAUACGUGAACCUCGAUGACGAUCACGGACACGAACACGUGCAUCAACACCGAGAUUGCGGUCUUAAAGUGUCCUACAAUGACACGUACCCGCUCUCCAAACCCGAAUACUUGGCCAAUGAAAAGAUUCGCUACAGAAUUGCAAUUACAACCGAUUUGGAUACCGAUUCACACAUCGAUAGUCAUCAAAAUUUAUGGAUUAGUUAUCUAUUGAAAGGAUAUCUCAUAUAUUAUCCAAAUGAAGAAGUUGUUGAAAUUAAAUGGGAUAAGAAGUCUAUAAGCUUACGCUCCAGUCUGGCCUCUGAGGGCCGAUCUAUGGAGUUGUCGGAACUAAUUGUAUUUAAUGGUAAACUAUAUUCAUGUGAUGAUCGCACGGGUAUUGUGUACCACAUUCGCGACGAUAUUGCCAUUCCAUGGGUUAUACUCAAUGACGGCGACGGCAAUACUGCACACAGUUUUAAAUGUGAGUGGCUUUCAGUCAAAGACCAGACACUAUAUGUGGGCGGACUCGGCAAAGAAUGGACGUCCACUUCGGGAGAAAUCCUUAACUAUAAUCCUCAAUGGAUUAAAACAAUAUCAGUUACGGGUCAAGUGCAUCACCACAACUGGAGACAACAUUAUCUGUCACUCAUGUCUUCGUGUGGUAUUAAAUAUCCCGGUUAUGUCAUUCAUGAGUCUGCCUUCUGGAGUCAUGUCCAUCAAAAGUGGUUUUUCCUUCCCCGUAGAGUUUCGUCCACUAAAUACAAUGAAAAAGAGGACGAAAGAAAGGGAUCUAAUAUUAUGUUAAUCUCUAAUAACGACUUCACUGAUGUUCAGAUCAAAACUAUUGGCGGUGUUUUGCCGACACACGGCUUCUCGUCGUUUAAAUUCAUUCCCAAUACUAAAGACCGAGUGAUUGUGGCGCUCAAGAGUGAAGAGGACAAUGGUUUAGUGCGGACUUAUAUAAUGGUGUUUACAAUUGAAGGCAAGAUCUUAUUAACGGAACAAUUGAUAGGAAAUUAUAAAUACGAAGGACUGGAAUUCAUUUGAUAGGAUUUUAUGGUAUAUUUAGGA